ACAACGCUCCUAAUUCCCCCUUCAUGGGCCUCGACGCUUCCCUCCUCCACGAAUUCCCCACCUUCCCUUAUUCCUCCGUCAAGGAUCUCCGUAAGGAGAAGAAGUACGCCCUUGAAUGCGCCAUCUGUCUCUUGGAGUUCGAGGACGACACCGUUCUCCGCUUGCUCCCCGUUUGCCGCCACGUGUUCCACCAAGAGUGCGUUGAUCUCUGGCUUCAACGACACAAGACCUGCCCCGUUUGCCGCACUGAUCUUGAAACCAGAAAGUCUUCUGCUUCUUCGAUUACUCACGAUCAUGACAGGCAGAGUGCUGCUGUUGGAGGAGACGACGGUAAUGGUGAUGAUGACGUCUGCAUUGACGUCAAAGAAGGCGGCGACGACGACGACGGUAAUAACAGAUUCUUGCGGUCGCAUUCGACGGGGCAUUCAAUAGUUAUGGUUAGAGAAGAAGGAAGAAACGACGAAGAUGAUGAUAGGUAUAGGUUGAGGUUGCAGGAGGAUGCAGAGUUGAGAAUUGUUAACAAUGAUAUGAAGAAGAAGAAGAAUCACCAAUACUCGAGAAGCUGCGAGAGUUACAAGGAGAUGAUGAUGAUGAUGGCGGCGGCAAAGCCCCUUGUUCCGCCUUGUACUAACUGUGGUUAUGUUGAUCAUCACACUCUCUCUGUUCCUUCUUCUUCUUCGCGUGUUGGUGCAAAUUGA